AUGUCUUUAGUUUACAUUGGUCAACAAAUAACAAUUUAUUAUGAAUUUUUCCUUCUCAUUUUUGGUUUUAUUGGAAAUUUUCUGACGAUAUUGAUUCUUUCGACUACACGGAUUUAUCGAACGAAUCCUUCAACAUUCUAUAUGCUUAUUGCUUCAAUUCAUAAUCUUUUUCAAAUGAUUCCUAAUCUUCUCUUACGAAUCUUAAGUGUCAGUUUUGAACUUGAUUAUUCUCGUACAUCACAUUUUUGGUGUAAAUCUCGAAUAACAUUUGCAGCUAUCUUUGGUUUUAUAUCAUUGAGUUGUGCAUGUUUAUCUACAAUUGAUCAAUAUCUUAUCACAUCAAGAAAAGUUUCAUUUCGACAUAAAAGUCAAAUCAAAUGGAGUCAUCGAAUAGUAUUGAUUAUUAUGAUUAUUGUCUUACUUCAUAGUAUUCCAUCGUUUAUUUCCUAUGAUAUUUCAUCUAUUAAUCACAUAUGUACAUAUACAAAUCUAAUAUUUGCUGUUUAUGUUCCAGUCUCUAGUUUUCUAUAUUUAUGCAUCAUACCGAUUAGUAUUUUGAUAACAUUUGGUUGUUUAACUUAUCGAAAUUUACAACAAAUUAGAAAUCUGAAUGACUAUCGAUUUGAUCGUCAGUUAACCAAAACAAUUUUGAUGCAAGUAAUAUUGAUUAUUAUUAGUCAAACACCUUAUGCUAUUUAUAAUGCAUACAUGUUGAUUGGAAUAGGUAGAAAUAAAGAUGCAAAACAAUUAGAAAUAGAAAAUUUUGCUUUUACAAUCACUGGACUUAUGGCUUAUGAAUAUUUUUCUAGUGGAUUUUAUAUAUUUUUAUUUUCAUCCAAAACCUUUCGUCAAACAGUUAGAAAACGACUUUUCUUUUGGAGAAGAAUUAACCAUAUUGUUCCUGUUACAAUCAAGGAAUUCUUCUUUCAGUCAUGUUGUUUGAAAAUCUCACAUGAUCGAAAACGAUAUGCAGAAAAGAAAACAUUUUCAAGUAUAAGACACAAAAUGGAGAAAUAUGAGUCGACGUUCUUCGAUAGUUUAUUUAUUGCGAUUUCUGAAAAAGAAAUUCAAUGA